AUGUGUGCGUGGCUGGGAAUGGGCUCGCUUUUGUUUGCACACCGGAUCCGAGGACAGAUCCGAAAGCGCCAGAAAUUGCGGUUUAUUGGAAACUGCAGGGAGUUCAUUGUCUCCCGCUUCAUGGCGCCGUCCUCGGGCAUGAACAUGGGCGGCAUGGGCAGCCUCGGCUCCCUGGGGGACGUGAGCAAGAGCAUGGCCCCGCUCCAGAGCACGCCGCGGAGGAAACGGAGGGUCCUUUUCUCCCAGGCCCAGGUUUACGAGCUGGAGAGACGUUUCAAGCAGCAGAAAUACCUCUCCGCCCCGGAGAGGGAACAUCUGGCCAGCAUGAUACACCUCACCCCAACUCAGGUCAAGAUCUGGUUCCAGAACCACCGCUACAAGAUGAAGCGCCAGGCCAAAGACAAGGCUGCGCAGCAGCAGAUGCAACAGGAGAACGGCGCCUGCCAGCAGCAGCAGUCCCCUAGGAGGGGGGCCCGGCAGCAGUCCCCUAGGAGGGUGGCCGUGCCGGUGCUAGUGAAGGAUGGCAAGCCCUGCCAAGCAGGCUCCAACACCCCCACGGCAGCUAUCCAGAGCCACCAGCAGCAGGCAGCCACGACGAUCGCGGUGGCCACCAAUGGCAACAGCCUGGGACAGCAUCAGAGCCACCAGACAAACAGCGCGGGGCAGUCUCCAGACAUGGGACAGCACUCGGCCAGCCCUUCCUCCCUGCAGAGCCAAGUCUCCAGCUUGUCUCACCUAAACUCUUCCGCUUCUGACUAUGGCACUGCCAUGUCUUGCUCCACCUUGCUAUACGGUAGGACCUGGUGA